CUGACAGAAUUCUUCGCUCCAUUUGACUCGAGACGGCCUGAAAACUUGAGAGACACCUCAAGAUCUCAAGAUCAUGUUCCCUGUUGCCUCUAGCAAAGAGGGAGUUUGUCUGAUGUAACUUUAAAUCACGUAUCUAUGGAGAAACAGCAACAACUUUAUGAAAUGUCAGCGCAACGAGAUGGAAGAGCAAGGCCUGAUCGCUUGCUGUGCUUUUGUUUAAAAGCUUGAUUCCACUUGACAUUUAUCACAAGUGGUCAGGCUCUGUCAACUUCGAUGGAUCCAGGGGGAAAUAUGCACUGCCUAACAACGUGAAGAAAACUCAUUGUACAAACUGUAAUGUAUUUACUGCAGACAUAUGGUGAUAACAUUAAUUACAAGAUUUCAGCGUUUAAAAAGCAUUACGACUCAAAGGAUGUGAAAAUGACAACAUUAUUGUAAAUGGAGUCGCCCAAUCGAAAUCUGCUUGUUUAAAGCAACAGCUUCAUUGGCAUUUAUUUUAAGCUAGAUGCGGUUCACCACUGUGACAUAGAAUAAAUUAUUAAAAUAAUAAAAAAUGGCUCUUACAAUGUUAAUUUACAUAUUGGACAGAACAUGUGCUGGGUUAAAAGUGACCCAAUGUUGGGUUGAUGUUAUGCAACCAUGGGGUAUAAUACCCCCCCAGUAGUUGUCCACUGAUCUAUAUAAAUGACUGGAUUGCGCAUGACGUCACACUUGUGAAGCUACCGCGCCGCCAUGUUGGUAUACCCAAACGUUCUAUUAAAUCAAUGGACGUUAUCAGAUUUUAAUGAUAAAAUAUCACUUUACUCGUCUUUGUUUUUAUAUGUGAACUUACCCUGUACAUUAUUACAACACAAACGUCCAAAGCAUGUAAAUAGUUAUUUACUGAAAGUUGUACAUUUUGCGUUUUAAUCAGUUAUUAUACAUUCAUCUUUAUUACAGUAUCAGAUCAGCAGACAGACCGCAGCAUAUUUAGUAUUAAUGACAAUAAACAUGCUCAUUCUGAAAUCUAUUUAAAUAAUCAUGCUUUGUACCGUAUGUGCAUGCAAUAAUUUGCUAGUUUUAAAUUAUGUUAUCUAAACUUACAAGUUACCUAAACUUAUUUAGAGAAAUAACGCUGACCGUCACAGUGUAGCUGAAUGUCAAAUAAACUUUAUUUAUACCCGUGUCAUUAACAAAUGCAACAGACACACUCACCUUAACGGUUUUUUAUAAAUCAAUUAUCCUGCCCGAUUAAAACAUAAACAUUGCAAAUAACACCAGAAUUAACAAAUAAUUAACCUACACAUAUCCUAAAAAUUAACCCUGUGUAACUGAUACGCUGUAAAGGGGGUAAAUUUUGAUCAUGAUUUUGAAUGGAAGUCAAUGACGCUCUCUGCCGGUUGGGUAUACCAAGAUGGCGGCUCGAACUCUGCGCUGGCUUCACGUCACGCAGUUACGUCAAGCGUUCUAUGCGCAAUCCAGUCAUUUAUAUAGAUCAGUGGUUCUGUCCAAUAUUUAGCCAUUAUGGGUCAAAAAUAAUCCAGCCAAUUUUAGAGUGUGUGUGCUUGAUAAAGACAAGAUGCUUAGACUAUAUUUGCUAAUCCUCAUUUUAAUGUGUUUUGAAUUAUUUAAGACUUUUUAUAUUAAAGCCACGAUUUAAUCUAUUACUAAACUGAAAUAGUCCUAAAUUGUUAUAGUGAAACUGCACUGCUCCCUCCGGGCCAGUGAGUGGUGCUAGAAUCCCUUCAGUUGUCAACCUUUGUGCGGACGGUAGACGUGCUGCUUUACCGUUUGAAAGAGGAAACUUUGGCACGCUCGUGUCACUGUUGUUAUUGUUGACGGUAUCGAGUAUAUUUACUUCAUCGUUUAAUUACAGCGAUCUUCAUCAAGUAGUAAAAUGACCCUGGAUUCUGAACUGGAUCGUUUGAACACUUUCAUGACCGAGCGCUUGAUGGAGGCUGUGAAGGAGAUCAUCCUCACUGUCAGCAGGACGGUGCGCGAGUACGAAGAGGAAACGGAGCGAGUCCGAAGCGAAAAUAUAUGGCUAAAAGAAAUGUUACGGGACUCGGGAUACUUCGUUGAACAAACAAAUGCAGCUCUUCAGUCCUGUCAGUCUGUUUCUCCUGGACAGCCCACUUGGAUUUCCAGCCAGAAUGAGGAUCCAGAAUCCCUUAAAGAGAUCCAACAGAACCAGAGACAGAGCGAACAAUACUCUCACGUUAAACUAGAAGAGUCUGUUUACUUUGACGACACUUGGCAAGAACCUGCAGACUCACCAUCAAACAUCAACAACAACACGGAUUCAAUCGUGUGUGUGUCUGAUGAUGAUGAUGAAGUGUUAGACUUCCCAACCAAUAUCAAAGUUGAACACACAUCCCCUAACUGUUCAGCUGAAGAUAUAGGGGACACUGAGGAUGAAUAUCAGAGUUGGUCACCACAUAGUCCAGACCUCUCUUUAGGCACAGCGGACCUCUCCAGUUCUCAACACCUAGAUCAACCUACAUGCACAACCAAUGAAGCUUCUUCCAGUUUAUUAAAGAAUAGCAGUUUAUCUAUUAAUGUCCAUCACAUUUCAGAUCACAAUAUUUUCUGUACCAGUAGUUCCAAAUGUAAAAGUAAAUGCUGUGAAUUGCAAAAGAAAGCAACACCCAAAACGAGCCCCGUAUGGAGGUAUUUCUCUUUAAAAGAGGGAGACUGUAGCAAAGCAGUGUGCCUUGUGUGCAAGGCCGUCCUAUCCCGUGGCCACAAAGAGUACACCACGUCACCCCUACUAACGCACCUUCGCAUAAAACAUGUGCUACAAAAUGGAAGACCAAGGCCGUGUUGCUUAGCUGUGCUUUUGUUUAAAAGCUUGAUCCCACUUGACAUUUAUCAGAAGUGAGAAGGCUCUGUCAACUUCUAAAGAUCCAGGGGAAAUUUGCUGAAGACGUAUCAGAUGUUGUAAAAGAGGACGCUGGAGAAACCACUGCAUUCACAAAUCAAGGUAAUUUCCAAUCAGGGAUACAUGCACCCCAGGAUGUCUGUUAGCAGGUUCCAGGGAGUACUUUUAAAGAAAUUAAUUUAGCUUUAUUAAACACGCUGAACGUCUAAUUUCAACUAUAAUUGAGAUCUCAAUAGAUAACAGAUAUUAAUUGUAAUCUCAUAAUAUUGUUAAGAAAAUGAUUCAAAAAAGUAUUUCACCCAUAAUAUUAAUGUAUUGUUUAUUUAAUGUGACUUUGUUAGCACUAUAUUACAGCCCUGUUCGCACAUAUGCGUAGUAUGUAUGUGCUGAAUACACUAAGACCUGUACUGUAGCUAUAAUAAAGUGCAAUUGUGACAUUUUUCUUGUUGUUGUUGUGCGACUGACUUUUUGAUAAUGAAUGUCAGCAAUACUUAAUGAUAUGUCAACAAUACUUAAUGAUGGUUAAAAGAAACAUAUUUCUGGUUUGAUGUUUAUGAUAGCAGAAUUGCCUGUUGAA